AUCGAUAAUGUAAAUCGUGCGUAAUCGUGGAGUUCACUUAGUUUCCCCCACCACUAAUAAAGUGCAAUAUUUUUCUGAUAAGAUCAGCUGCAUUUCCUGCUGUUCAAAAUCUGUUAUUAUUGUCAAUACAAAUCGAUUUAAAGUGGCGCAUUCAACAAAACCGUCAUAAAUAAUGAGUAUCGAUGACGUGAUUUACGUCCUUUGCCUACUCGGUUGCAUUGGUGCGGGACAUUACGUCAAGAAGAUAGGCGAUGAAACACAACGAAAAUUUAUCAGCACCGGUCUCGGCUUGCUGGUGGUGUUUAUUGCAUCGGGUUACCAUGCACUACACUGCAUUAUAUCGACAACGAUUGGCGCGCUCGUAGUUAUCCAUAUGCACCCAAGUCGUUGCCAUUUGAUUACAUUUUGUUUAAUGUUCGGCUAUUUGGUAUUCUUCCGCUUAGUGCACGUAUUUGGUUUGCCAAAUUAUCCUGGACACACCAAUAUGAUACAAAUGAUAUUAACAUUAAAGGUUUCGGGUGUUGCUUUUGAGAAAACGGCUGCUUGGAAAAAGUUACGACAGCGUGAUAAAGCAAUUGCCGAAAGGAAGAGCGGUGAAGAUACAGCCGGCACUGAGCCACUUGUGGAAGUAACAGACUAUGAUGUGGAAUUGCAGGAUAUAGGAUUUGCUGAGAUCUUCCACUAUUGCUUCAACUACAUAGGAGUAUUGACAGGUCCAUAUUACCGUUAUCGCACAUACCUCGAUUACUUCGAGAUGCCAUUCAAAGAUUAUGCGCCGCAUAUAAGCGCAACAAUAGAAAAGCUUAAAUAUGCCGGUCUCUAUUGUUCACUGUAUCUUGUAGCAAACUACAUAUGGCCCCUAGAGUAUGCUUUAAGUGAAGAAUUUUAUCAAGAGCGUUCAUUUAUAUAUCGGCUUAUGUAUGUGUGGCCAACAUUUUUCACGUUCCGUAUGCGUAUUUACACCGGCUUGACGCUGAGCGAAUGCGUCUGCACAAUGGCUGGUUUUGGCGCUUACCCCGAUGAAGCGGAUGCCACAAAUGGUGAAGGACCACGUAAGCAGUACGCACAUUUGAGACGUGAUGCCGACAAGCGUACUUACAAUUUUACUACGAUUGUAAAUACGCGCGUGCGUAGCGUGGAGACUUGUUGGACCUUCCGUGAGGGCAUGAAACACUGGAAUAUUUGCAUACAGUAUUGGUUGGCAGUGAAUGUUUACAAAUUAUUCCCAAGCAAGCAGUACAGAACUAUCGUAACAUUGCUUUGCUCAGCCUUCUGGCAUGGCUUCCGUCCUGGGCACUAUUUCUGCAUCAUGGGUGCGCCAUUUUACGUUUCUUUGGAGGAUAUGUGGAACAAAUUGGUGCGCAAGGAUGCAACUGGACUACAACGUCAAAUUAUCGACAUCCUCUUUUGGAUAGCGAAAUUCUUUGCUUUCAGCUAUCUCGGCAUCUCAUUUCUAUUAGCUUCGUUUUCGAAUAUUUGGAAAUACUACAGUUCAGUAUAUCAUAUUGGUUAUGUGGAAUGGUGUGUCUUUAUGGUAUUGGGUAAAUAUCUGUUAAAUUUGAAAAAGUCAGCCGAAAAGCGUCAACAAAAGCAAAAGGAGGUUGCAGAAAGCGAAAAGGAGCAAAUGAAAAAAGUCGCAUAAGUGCAGUAAACGGCCUUAGAAGUGUAGUACUAAAGUUUAUAUUUACAUAUAUAUGCGCUAUAUUAGUAACUAUAUACAUGUGACAUUAUGCUAUUAUGUAGCUGAUGACUACCAAAGUGUGUCCAUAAAUGGAUUUUUACAUAGCUUUAUUGUGUAUCGGUCAAUUUGAAAUGGUGUAUCACCGUAUUGAGCGUAUAUUAACUACUAUGCCAACAUUUCCAGUAGUUUAGUUUUUACUAACUAAUGACUUUUAUGCGUAUCUAAGCACAAGUAAUUACCAAAAAUAUAUUAUAUUAAAUAAUAUUGUUGUUGUAGAUUAGAAGUAUUCAUUUGGUAAUAAUUCGAACUCUAUUAGUUAGUUAAAGAGUGUAAAGCAGCUAUACUCAUAUUUAGAGACUAUUAGCACAAUUUUUUUUACAGGUUACGAAUGCAAUUUCGAUAUUUUAGCUUUUUUAUUUUGUUUUUUACAAAUAAAUU